CGGAAGUGGGGUGAGCAGCGCUGCGGAUCUAAUAAAGAAGUGAAACAUUCUUUUUAUUCUCUAUCAAACAUAGAUUUUGACUUUGUAAUUUUGGGAAUCGAGAUCUGCUAUGGCGAACCCACCUGCGGCUAAGGGGAAGUGGAGCAACCUGCCCAAAUACGCUUCUCUCUUAUAUUUCGUCCUUAUCAUUUUUCAGGUGCCCCUUUUCAGGGUCCAAUGUCGAUCUGGCAUGUGCACGACACCUAUUCACGUGACAGCCUCACAGCUGAUUUCUAGCGAGAUCUUUCCGCUUCCAGUGGUAAAGGCUCUUCUCUACCCCGGAGCUAUUGUAAAUGGCCUCACUAUCGACUUGACUUUCCCAAGUUGGAAUAAUCUGUUAAGCAUCUAUAACUUGACCGACGUUAAGGAAGCUUCUGCUGAAGUCGACUUACAGCGAUUAGAGGUUCUUGCCGGAAGUUACUUUUGUGUCGCUGGUUCCCUCGUUGGUCUCCUAAAACAGGGAAGGAUGAACAUGUUUGGGACUCUUUUAGUCAUCUGGGGUCUUCUCAAAGAAGGCAUUCUUGGAAAGCCACCAAACACAGAUCCAAAAAAGGCCGUAUUCGUGUACCCGACUAUGAUGAUAGCUUUGCUCUGCGCUUUCUUAUCGGUGAAGUACAACCUAAAGAAAGCAGCAGCCCGAACCACCGUGACUCAACCAGCAGCGAAGCCCCUAAAGAGCUCUUCAAAAGCCAAGCUAAAAUGAUCCGACCUAAAUUGGAUGUUUCAACCUUUCUUUAUUCUCAUGUAUGGUGCAUCAGUUAACUCAGUUUUGUUGUAUAUGACCUUUUUCUUGCCUCAUUUAAUUUCAAAAGCCCUUUCAGUUAAAA